CGUUUUCUUUGCUCGUUCAGUGCAGUCGCGUCAUGUGCCGUAACGUGUGCAUGCGUGCGUGUGUGUGUAAAAUGAGUUGGAAAUUGGAAAAGUUACAAAGUACCGCAACAAUACCAACUGCAAUUUGUGUAAAAGUGUCGCGCAACAUUAUGAGUCCUGUUCUCAAGAACUGAAAACUAAGAAACCAACCCAAUUCGUAUAAAGAAGAAAACAACAUAAAACUUAAACUAAGAAAUGUGAGACAAAAACUAAGUAAAAGUUGACGACUUUGAACAAAACAAAUGCGAAAAGGAGCUUAAAGCAAUAGGAAAAAAGAGCGCAAAGUGAAUUGAACAAAAAUGUGUCGUAAGCCAAACAAAUGGCAACAACAACAACAACAGCGGAAAUCAAUUAAAAAGAACGUUGCCAAACAGUUGCAACAACGAAAAUAAACAACAAAAGGCAGAGAAAACAAAAAAGUGCAAAAAGAAAACAAAUUUAAAAAGAAAUAGGUAAACAAAAAACAAAAAGCAAAGCAAAGAAAAUGUCAGGCACGCAGUCGAAGGACACUGCGGCAAAGACUAAAGAAACGGCUAACGAGGCAGCAACGGCCACGCCCAUAAAAGCAACAGCAACGCCCACAACAACAACAACAACACCAGCAGAAACAGCAGAGGCUGCAACAGCAACAGCAGCGGCAGCGGCAACAAUUGCCAAGAAAACUUUAACUUCGAGUGCGGCUUUGUCAUUGUUUGAUCAGCUGAAAAACGGCGUCAAUUUGAACAGUUUGACAGGCACUGUCGCCAGCACCACGCCCCCGUGCCCCUUUGCGCCGCCCGCUGCUCCAACACUCACAAAUAUUGAACUGAAGCCACCGCCUCAACCGCCCAAGGCGUCCUUUAGCACGCCCACGCGACUGCUGCUUGGCAUUGUGCAAGGCACCAAACGGGGCAGGGAAGCAGCAACAACAACAACAACAACAACAAUAACAAAAGCAACGACAACAACAACAAAAGCAACAACUGCAAAAACAACAACAAGCUCUUUGGCUGCAGCAGCUGCCAAAUUGGAUAUCAACGCAUUGCGAUCUCAGCUCUAUCAGGGCGCCAGAAAGACUGCAACAACAACAACGAAAACAAAUACAACAACAUUAGCAACACGCACGGGAACAACGACAACAACAACAACAACUGCCAGAGGAGAUAGAGGAGUACGAGGGAACGGGAAUAGCAUCAAGAAACGCUGCUUGGAUCGUUACGAUUCAUCAGAGUCAUCAGACAGCGGCGUUGCCACCUCGCUAAGCUGCGCGGAUUCCAGCACAGGCUCCAGUGAGGAUGCAUCCGAGCCCGGCUCACCGUACAGUGCGCACUCGCUAUUGAGCGACGAGCAGCAGCUAAACAAAAUGCCGCCACAAAUACUCAGCGCUGCCGCAGGCAGCAGCAGCAACAACACUGCGUCAGCAACAGCAACUGCUGCACCAGCAGCAGCAGCUGCAACCACAGCAAAUGCAAUUAGAAGCAACAGCAACACUGCCAAAAUCACAACCCCAGCAAUAACAGCAACAGCAAUCACACAACGCCACAACAGCAGCAGCAACAACAGCAACACGACGCCGCCUACGCUGCAAUGGCCCUGGAACACGAGCCUCGGCAGCACCUCAACAGCUGUGCCUGCUGCAGCCAGCGCCGCAGUCGCCUCGAAGAAACGCGCUGCUGUCAACAGCAGCAGCAACUGCAGCAGCAGCAACAGCAGCAGCAACGAUGCCAGCGGCUUGGCCUGCAUCGCUGUAGCGCCCAAGAAGUUGCGCGCGGAUCUGCAGAGCGGCAGCAACAACAGCGGCGACAAAAGACUGAAAGCAGCUGCCCUGGAGGAGUCGCAGACCAAGAUCACGGGCUUCUUCAAGUCGCAAAUGAAGGCGACGCCGGGCAAGCUGUCGGCAACGCCGUCGCCGCCUCCGCCACAAGCAACAGCCACGCCCAGCACGCUGACAAUGAGCACGCCAGCAACAACAGCCUCGCUUAAUAAAUACUUUAACAUACUCUCGCAGCUCAAUGAGCAAAAGCAGCAGCAACAGCAGCAGCAGCAACAACAACAACAACAACAGCAGCAACAGUUGCAGCAGCAACAGUUGCAGCAGCAGCAACAACAACAACAGCAGCAACAGUUGCAGCCUAAGCUCGCAACAGCUGCUGCGGCUCCUGCCACAUUGCCCGUGCCGGCGCUCAAGAAAAUCGAACGCAGCAGCAAGCAGCCCGCCAAAAUUGCCCAAGUGGCGCCCAAUUUACGCAAGACGCCCAGCAGCAACAGUCACGCCCACAACACACAUGCCGCUGCCCACUCGGGCACUGGCAAAUCGCCCGCCAAAAAGCACGUGGCCAUUGCCCCGCGCACGCCCGAAAUGAAGCAGCAGCAACAACAGCAACAAUUGCAGCUGCAGGCCUCCAAGACGCUGCUCGCAGCAACUGCCUAUCGCUCGCCCCACAACAACAACAGCAAUGCCAACAACAACAACAACAACGGCAACAGCAGCAACACGACGACAACAAUUGCUGCCAAGCCCUGCCAGAAGCUGCAGCCCGCUGCCGUAGCGCCCACGGCCACGCCCACGCCCAGCCCCACGCUAUAUCAGCUGCCCGUGCAGCUGCCCAAUUUGGUGCAUCUGCCGCCGCAGCUAGCGGCCGCCGCCAACAUAAUGCAGCUGAACAAUGUGGCCAAAGCGGCCGUUGCAGCCGCUGCCAGCAACAAUGCGGCCGCAGCAGCUGCAUCCGCGCAGGCGGCACAAGCGGCAGCCGCGCAAUAUUUCCUGAACGGAACCGUCUUCAAGCUGCAGCAGGUGACAACGGCAACCACGACGACGGCAACAACUGCCACAGCAGCAGCGACCAGUGCGGGCGGCGUCAAUCCCUUCGGCCUGCUCAGCGCCAACGAGCUGCAGGAGCUGCUGCUCAAGCAACAGCAGCAGCAGCAACAACAGCAGCAACAGUUGCAGCUGCAGCAGGCGGCGGCAGUUAAGGCUGCAGCAGCUGCCACGCCCACAGCGAAUGGUGCUGCCAACCUGCAGGAGCUGUUCCAGCAACAAAUAGCUGCAGCGAUUGCCGCACAGCAGCAGCAACAACAGCAGCAGCAGCAACAUCAGCAGCAGCAAUUUCAACGCUUGGGCGCCGCCGCCGCAGCGCAGCCCGUUUUUAUGGCCACGCCUGCGGGCCUGCUGCUAAACGCGGCCACGCUGCCGGCCAUGUUGGCGCAGGCUGCGGCAGCAAUUGCUGCCAACAGUCAGCAGCAACAACAGAAAGUAGCUGCCGCUGUGGCCCUGCAGCAGCAGCAACAGCAGCAGCAUCAACAACAACAACAGCAAGCGCUGCCUGCGCUGCAGCCCAUACCCGCCUUGAGUUCCAUAUUUGAGCCUGCCUCAGAGCAGCAGCAACAGUUGCAGCUGCAGCAACAGCAGCUGGCGCAGCUGCUGCUCUCACAUCAGCAGCAGCAACAACAGCAACACCAGCAGCAGCAGCAGCAACAACAACAACAACAACAACUUAUCACUGCCACACAGCCUCCGCCGCUGACUGCUGCGAACAGCAGCAACACUGCCAGCAGCAACAGCAAUGCCUCGAAUACUUUAAGCAACAACAGCAACACUGCCCUGCUGCCGCAGCAGCAACAACAGCAGCAGCAGCAACAACAACAACAGCAACAACGUGCCAUCAUCAAGGGUCCGCCCCCGCUGGUAACUAUCUCCACCGCCUCCUCCCUCAGCACAGGUGCUGCCAAGUCACGUGCACUGCCCGCCGCUUUGGCCAAGCCCUAUCAGAAGCGAGCCCCGCCUACGCAGCAGCAGCAGCAACAACAACAGCAGCAGCCGCCACUUAGCAAAACCAAAUAUGCAGCCAUUGCCACGCCCACAACGCCGCCUCCUUUGGUGCCGACCAGCACAGGAGGUGCUGUUGCCGCCGCCAACAAGGAGCUGCAGCAGUUGCGCAAAGGUGCCACGCCCGCAGCGACGACAACAACGCCCACGCCGCCGCUGGUAAGCAUAGCGCCCGCCAAGCUGACGCCAACGCUCAGCUUGGCUAAGCAGCAGCAGCAACAGCUGCUGUCGCAACAGCAACAGUUGCCGCCAGCAGGGGUAGCAACAGUUGGCAAGAUCUCAAGCACCGCUGAUCUCUUUGAUCUGGUCAAGAACUCAAAUGGCGCCAUCAGCAUUGUGGGCAAGACUACAGCCACUGCCACGCCCAUGUGCACAGCUACAGCCUCACCGCCCGCCCCCAGACUGUUGACGCCGCUGCCCUUCAGUUCGCCCAGCAGCAAUAGCAAUAGCAAUAGCAACAGCAACUCGCAGCAAUCGCAUCGCGCCUCGCCCGCACUCUCCACACACUCGUCCAGCACACUGUCCGCCUUUGGCAAAUCUCUGGUGGCCAUCAAGUCGGAGCCCAUGGAGGAGUCAGCCACGCCGCCGCCGCUGUCCAGCACGCCCAAGCCGCACAGCUUUGCCGGCCAGCUGCCGAACUCUCGACGCAUGGAGACCCACAAGCAUGAGCUGCUCGCCGAGUGCAGCGGCGGCGGCUCCAACUCCAACUGCAGCAGCAGCUACACCAGCAGCUCGGUGAGCAGCGCUGCGGAUCUCUCGCUGGAGGCAUCGACGCCCGCAUCGCUCAGCUCGGCGCCAUCGCCGGCGGCGAGCAGCAGCAGCAGCAACAGCUGUCAGACGCAACAGAUCAGCUCGCCGGAAGGACAUGCCAGUCAGCAGGAUAUGCUCAGCGAGCUGGUCACCUCGUGCAAUUCCAGCGGCACCGAAGACUGCUCCCAGGCAGCCAUAUCGCCGCCAGAAGCCGCCGAAGUAGCAACAGUUGCUGCGACUGCCGUCACAACAGCAACUUGCGUCGGCAGCAGCAGCAGCAGCGGCAGCAGCAACUACGAUGAGGAGGAUGACAAAUCUGUGGCCUCCUCCGAGACGGCGACGCACAAGCGAAUGACGCCCGAAUCCGGCAUUGGCGGCAGCCUCAGCAACAGCGAGAGCAGCAACUCCAUAGCGGAUGCCAUCUCCUCCAAAUCCGUUUGCCCGCCCGCCUCGGCCAGCAGCAACAGCUGCAACGCCUCCGACAGCAACUCGUUGGCCAGCAAUGCACUCUCACCCGCCUCGCCCAGCAACAACAGCAACAGCAACGACGAUUGCUCCGCCUCAUCGACAGCCUGUCUGGCUGUGCCCAGCCCGAGCACCAUGGUGGAUAUAACAUUGGCUGAAAGCGCCAGCAAAUUGAUGCCCAAGUGCGCCAUUUCGCCGAUUCUGUCACAGCCCAAGACGAUACGCUUCCCGGCCGGCGCAGGAGCGGGAGCCAAGGGAGCGAAGCGACAUGAUGGCGUCUGCUAUUGGGACAAGUGCAACAAGAAGCAUGAGAGCAACUCGAAACUCUUGGACCACAUGCAGACGCAUCAUGUCAACACGCAGACAGGUCCCUUCGCCUGCCUUUGGGUGGGUUGUAAGGUGUACAAUAAGGAGUCCUGCUCCCGUCGCUGGCUGGAGCGCCAUGUGCUCUCGCACGGCGGCUCCAAGCAAUUCAAGUGUAUCGUCGAAGGCUGCGGUCUGCGCUUUGGCUCACAGCUGGCACUGCAGAAGCACGUGAACAACCACUUCAAUGCCACGGACAAUGCCAAGGAGAGCACCAGCAAACGCACCUCCGAUCCGCCGGUGCCCAAGCAGCUGCGCAAGAAUGGCAAAAAGCUGCGAUAUCGCCGGCAGCCCUUCUCAGCGCGCAUGUUCGACUUCUUCGACACGGGCAUCAUGGAGGGACUGCAGCAUCGGCUGCGCCAGAUCAGCACGUUGACCAACGGAGCGCAGGCCAUCACGUUCCAGGGGCAGUGCCUGAUGCGGCGGCGCAACAGUCGAGGCGGGAGCGAGUGCUUUGUGCGCUGGUCACCUCGUGAAAUCAUCUCGGAUGAGUGGCUGCCGGAGUGUCCGAAUCGGACGCGCCAGCACACCAAAGUGCUGCACAUCAAGCACAUGCGUCCGGCGGAGAAGACGCGCAUCGACAGUCUGCUGAGCACUGCCUACAGAUUGCGCUACGAUGCGCAGCUCUUUGCGGAUGAUUACAACGUAAACGAGCAGCAGCUGCAGCUGCAGCAGCAGCAGAUGGAGGAGGAGCUCAGCGGCAGUGAUUGUGCCGAGACCGAUGCUGAUGAGGAGGAGGAUGAGGAAGAUGAUGAAGAUGACGACGACGAUGAUGAGGACGACGGCGUCUCGGGCACAAUUAGCUCGAGCAGCGGCACCGUCUCCAGCUAUCAGCAGGUGCUCAGCAUAGCCAAGCUGCAAAUGCAACAGCGACGCAAGCAUCCGCGCAAGCCGCCCAAGGGGACAGCAGCAACAGCCACAGCGACGAUAAAAGUGGAAGAGCUGGUGCCCACGGACGCGCUGGUGCCCAUUUAGAAAGUAUUUACAAACCCCACACACACGCCCCACACCCGCAAGGACAAACGAGUAAACAGUGACAAGUAGUUUAUAGAUUUUUUUAUAAGGCCACCCAAACAAACCCAAAACUAUCAUAAACAUGCACACAUACACAUGCAUACUUUAUCAUAAGAUCGUGUAACAUACAUAUAUAUAUAUAUAUAUAUAUAUAUAUAAACAUAUGCCCGCUUGCAGUUUUUAGAUAAAUCCCACAAGAUGACCAUAGCUAAUGUAUAUAGAAAUCGCUUCAAUAUCAAACUAAAAAAAAAAAAAAGAGAAAACACGCGUGAACAAAUUUUAGAGUUUUUGUGUAAACCUUUGUUUUUAAUUAAAUUUAAAUUACAUUUUAUGUUGCUGAAGACAAACAUAGAUAUAUACAUAUAUCUAGCCUAUAUACCGCAUAAACUUAAUUAGUUUUAAGCAUAACAUUUUUAACAACUUUAUGUAAAUUGUGAACUGCCUGAGAAAAGAGGAAGAGAGCGUAGGACACCGCCGCAGACAAGACUUGUUUAAUCAUAUUUAUCAUCUUCAUUAUAGUUUUAUGUGCUCUAUGCUUAGGCUUUAUGAACGUGUUUGAUUCUUUUAUUGUUUUUCCCUACUCUUAAACCCAACAAACAUUUCAUUGUAUUCCAAAAACUUCCAAAACGAGAAAAAAUAAGCAAACCCACAAACAACAUUAACAACAACAUGAAUAAGACUUGAAGCAUUUAUCGCUAUAUAAUUAAACUAUAAUUAAACGAAUUCAUGUACUCAAUUCGAACAGCAAUGCAAAACAGUUUUAAGUUCGUUUUAGCAAAACAGCCGCAAGCAAAAACAACAUUAAGAAACAACAAAAUAUUAAGUAAUAAUAUUUUAAACAAUUUAAUGUAGUCCAAAUUUUGUAUGUAAUUGUCGUCUAGUUCGUUUUCCGAGUAACUUCUAUGUAAAUAUUUAAAAGUAAAUUAAUAAUUUGCGUAAGCAUUACACGUAAACAAUUUGAAUUAGAAAACAAAAAUAAAAAACCAUUACAAGCUAUUAUUUUUUUUUGGUAAACAUCUAAUUUUGUUUAUUUGUUUAACUAACCUUGUUUUGAAUUAACUUAUUGUUGGUUUGGUUUUUAUAUACGUACACAUAUUUGUUUGUUGAUUUUAACACACAGUCACAUAUGUCACAAGGUCAAGGUCAAUGUCAAGUUCAAGUCAAAUCUAGCAGAGUUCGCCUUAAACAAUAAUUAUUUAAUUGGAUUUGUAAGUGUUUAAAGUUUAUAAACUUAACUUAAAGUAAGUUAUGCAAAUCAGAAAAAUACUUAUAAAAAGGAAUACAAAAACCUAUAAAGUACUCAACACUGCCAAAGCGAAAUGAAUACAACAACAGCAACAACAACAACAACAAACAGUUUAAGAUCGACUGAUAAAUGUAUAAAUUAAAACUUAAAGAUCAUUUAUAUAUACACAUAUAUAUAUAUAUAUAUAUAGGUCUGAUUUCGCACAAAGCUUUUUCAUAUGUUGCAAUAACAAUAAUAAGGCAUAUAGCAAUUCCAAAUAAGUAUAUUAACUAUAUAUAAACAAUAUAUGUGUGUGUUGUAGCCCUAUACUCGAAGACUUAGUAAUGCUUGGUUAGUUAGUACCCUUCUCACCCCGUAAGCCGCGUUAACCCGCCCAUGUCUAAUUCGAGUACUUAAAUUAGUUAUAAGCGUCUAGCUGCAAACUGUAUACAAAAAUCAUAUGCAAGCAUAUACCAUAUAUCAAAUAUAUAUAUAUAUAUAUAUAUAGAAAGAUAUAGAUAUAUGUGUAGUUAACAAGCCUUCAAGUCCGGGCUGAAUAUUUAUGGCAUAAUAUUAUGAUACUUCCGUUCAACUAAUAUGUUUUUAAUGGAUGAGGCAAAAGUUGCAUUUUGUAAAUGUUGUAGGCUAUAUAUAUAAAGAAAAGAAAUUGAAAGCAAUACCUUUUAACAAUCGCCUAUAUAAGGUUCGGAGUUCAAGCAAAUAUUUUUCGGAUUGCCUAACAUGAGAUUCUUCGAUAUUUUGUACCGCAAAGAAAACGUAAUGAGAGAAAAUUCAAAUUGAAAAAAAUUUAAAGAUAUAUAUAAAUAUAUAUUUAAAGAUAUAUAAAACUACCUCAGAUUUUUGCAAAACAAAACAAAACAAAAAGUAAAAAAUAUAAAGAAAAAAGAAAAUACAAAGUACAUAGGAAUUUUUCGAGACAAGUUUUCUAAAGAACCUUAAUGAUAGACACUAUAUUUAAUAUAUGGUUAGCUGUCGUCAAAUUCAGCCGAACAAGGGAACGUAUACAAAGCAACAAAACAACAACAACAACAAAAACAUUGAAUAUAAAGAUAGACAAAAACAAAUUAAGUACUCAUAAUACUUAGGUUAAAAAAAAUCCAAGCAGCAUAUUUUGCAUACUUUGCUAAUAUUAUGUAAGCGCAAUUCUUAGAAUACUUAAGCUCCAGUUCUAGAACUUCCCACAACUGUUUUUGAACAUUUCUCGAUUUCCACACUGCCCGUAAAUCAUCGAAAGAUUCCAUUUAACUUCCAAUUUGCGAAAACCUUUUUUCCAAAACCAAAAAGAAAACAACCUUUGCCUUCUUUAUGCCAUUUCGUUUUGUACAUAGUUAAUUAUAUAUACAUAUAUAUAUAUAUCAUAAAGUAAAUUACCAAUAAUGCAAGCGCUUUAAUAAAUUAAAAACAAAAAUCAAGCAUUACAAAAUACUAAUUAAAAAUCAAUUUAAAGUUAGCAAAGCAAAUGAAAAACAUACGUCUGUAUCGUAUUUCAGGACUUAUGAAUGAUUUUAGAGCUCGCCAAGCAAACAAAUUUGAUUUUACAUUCAGUUUCUGGCCCAGAGACCAGGCCAACUAAUGUAAUCAAAACAACAUUCUAUGAAAGAAGAUAUAGAUAUAGAUAUAUAUAUAUACCUAUAUAUAUAUUAUAUAAACUCUACAUAUACACAACUUAGUAUGUACAAGUGGAACAGACAGUAACAGAAACAUGUAAACGCUGAGAAAAGAAAAUAUAUAGAGGCAAGAAAUAUUGAACAA